AUGGUUGACAACGAACAACCUGUGGAAGAUACUUCUCCAGCGGUGGUGGGUGAAGAUCUCCAAAGUCAUGGUAGUGAUGAUAUUCACCACCAUAAGGACGGUGUUGAAAUGACAACGUUUGGAGUGAAUGCAGAAACCACAACUCUACAACAUAAUCAAGAUGAUACUGCAAUCCAAGUCAAUCCAGAUUUAAAUCAUCACAUCAGAGAGUACACACCAGACAACAAAACCGGAAUGUAUGUCAGUGCUCGCAACCUCAAUUAUUACGUCGAUGCUCCAAAGCCACCAAAAAAUGCAACACCCGAACAAAAAAAGAUUAAUUUAUUAAAUGAUUUUACAUUUUCAUUAAAGCCAGGCAGAAUGGUUUUAUUGAUGGGUGCUCCAUCCUCUGGAAAGAGUAUUCUGUUGAGAGUUUUGGCCAAUCGUUUGGGAAAGGGCCAUGUAGAGGGUGAACUUUUAUUCAAUGGACAUCCAGCCGAUCCAGAGACACAUCACAAAGAUACAAUCUAUGUGCCACAGGAAGAUCGUCAUAUCCCGCUGUUGACGGUGAAGGAGACUCUCGACUUUAGUGCUCAAUGUAAUAUGGGUUCCACUGUGAACCAAUCGACAAAGGAUGAACGUGUAGAGUUGAUUCUUUCACAGCUCGGCCUUAGCCAUACCAAGAAUACAAUUAUUGGUAACGAGUUUUUCCGUGGUAUCUCUGGUGGUCAGAAGCGUCGUGUCACCGUCGCCAAUGAAUUUACCAAGUGUCCAAAUCUCAUCUUGAUGGAUGAGCCAACAACAGGUCUCGAUUCAGCAACUGCUUUUUCUGUUUGUUCAAAAGUCCGAACGAUUGCAAACGAAGCUAAAGCAUCGGCUAUGAUCUCCUUACUUCAACCAAGUCCAGAGUUGACAAACUUGUUCGACGAUGUCAUGUUACUUGGUGAGAAAGGAAAAAUUUGUUAUUUUGGUCCAAGAGAAUCUCUUUUAUCUUAUUUUGAAUCAAUUGGAUACAGACCAUUAUUGGAUCAACCUUUGGCCGAGUUUAUGCAAGAGAUUGUAGAAGAUCCAUUAAAGUAUGCAAUUAAUAGAGAUACUUCCAAUGGAGAACUAUCAAAUUCAAUUGCAAAUUCCGAAAUUCAUUUAGAUACAUUAUUCAAACAAUCAAAUAUAUAUCAAGAAAAUAUAAAUAAUUUAACAACAUUAUUACCGACCGAUGUUAAAUUACAUGAUUUUUCAAAAGUAGAAAACCCAUUAUCACCAAUGUGGUAUGAUAUCAAAUUGUGUAUGGAGCGACAGAAAAAGAUUAUGAGAAUCUUGAGAAUGCAAUUUAUUACACGUUUUAUACAAGCAACUUUUAUGGGAUUCGUUGUUGGUUCCCUGUUUUUCCAAAUGGGUGACACUCAGGCAGAUGGACGUAAUCGUUUCGGUCUGUUGUAUUUCGCCACGGUCUUGCACAUUUGGACCACCUUUUCGUCGGUUGACGAGUUUUACCAGUUGCGUUCGAUCUACUAUGAUCAAAAAGAUGGUAAAUUCUAUCGAACAUUUGCCUAUUUUAUCACUGUGGUCGUAAGCAAGUUCCCGAUUGCCCUCAUAGAAGCAUUCCUCUUUAGUGUCACCUGUUACUGGAUCUCUGGAUUUAGAGCACGUGCCGACACUUUUAUUGUGUUUAUAAUCUGUAUGGCACUGACCAAUGUAAUUGCUCAGGGUGUAUUCCAAUCGGCAUCGUCAUUCUCUGACAGUCAGCUAGUUACAUCGAUGGUGACUCCAGCGGUAGUCAUCUUGUUUAUGAUUUUCUCUGGUUAUAUUCUGCCAGGUGUCAAUAUUCCCAAUUGGUGGAUAUGGAUGUACUAUCUCUCACCUCUGAAAUAUGUACUCGAUGCACUGGCGUCCAAUGAAAUGUAUGGACGUAGCUUCACUUGUACACCAAACGAAGUUAUUCCACCGGCAUCUCAUCCACUCGCUUCACUUCCAUACCCACAGGGUUUUGCCAACCAUAGUAUCUGUCCAAUGCAAUCGGGGUCGGAUUUCCUCAAUGAAUUUGGAUUCAACAACAACUUUUAUUGGCGUUGGAUUGAUAUUGCUAUUGUGAUUGGUUUUGCAAUUGCUCUUUUCACUGCUUUCUAUAUCGGUAUUACCUAUGUAAAGUUUGAAACAAAGAAGCCACCCCGUGCCAUUCAACAGAAAAAAGUAAAGGCCAAAAAAGAUAAAAAGGCAGACAAGAAGAAGCAAUUGGAAGGAGGUUGCUAUAUGACAUUCUCCAAACUCGGUUACACUGUCGAGGCAAAGCGUAACAACCCAACCACCAACAAGAAGGAAACGGUCACUCUCCAACUACUCAAAGAUGUCAAUGGAUACGUAAAACCAGGUACGAUGUUGGCGUUGAUGGGUCCAUCCGGUGCCGGAAAGUCUACACUUCUCGACGUCCUCUCAAAGCGAAAGAAUAUGGGUGUCAUCACUGGUGACAUUCAAAUCAAUGGUGCCAAUAUAUUCGAUCUAAACAUCACUCGUUUCACUGGUUACGUUGAACAACAAGAUAUCUUAUCUGGAAAUUUAACGGUUCGUGAAGCAAUCUAUUUCUCUGCACUCUGUCGUCUACCGGAUUCCUACUUGAACGCCGAUAAGCUCAAGUUGGUCGAUGAAAUCCUCCAUGUACUCAGUCUCACCAAACUUCAAGACACCAAGAUUGGACCUAAUCCAACUAUGGGUAUUUCACUUGCAAACAGAAAGAAGGUAUCGAUCGGUAUUGAGCUUGCCUCAAAUCCACACUUGCUCUUCCUCGACGAACCGACCUCUGGUCUCGACUCGGCUGCUGCACUCAAGGUAAUGAACUGUGUACGUAAGAUUGCAUUGUCUGGACGUACAGUAAUCUGCACCAUUCAUCAGCCAUCGCAAGAGAUCUUUGAGCAAUUCGAUCAACUCUUGCUCUUGGGUAAGGGUGAAGUUGUUUAUUUUGGUGAGACUGGAGUGAACUCACAGACCGUGCUCGACUAUUUCGCCAAGCAAGGACACCGUUGUCAGGCCGACCGUAAUCCAUCCGAUUUCAUUCUGGAGAUUGCCGAACACAAUCCAACUGAACCAAUUGCCAUCUACACUGCAUCGGAGGAAGCAGCUAACACUGCCGCAAGUUUACUCAACAAGACGAUCGUUCCAUCGACCGUCGAGGUACCAAAAUUCAAAUCACGUUAUAAUGCAUCGCUCUCAACUCAACUCUAUGUUCUAACGAAGCGUGCCUGGAUUAAUCACAUUCGUCGUCCACAAACCAUCUUGAUUCGUUUCUGUCGUUCAUUAAUACCAUCGAUCGUCGUUGGUACAAUGUUUUUGCGACUCGAUAACGAUCAAUCGGGUGCACGUAAUAAGCUUGCUAUGAUUUAUCUAAGUUUCCUUUUCGGUGGUAUGGCAUCGAUCUCCAAGAUUCCCUUGGUAAUCGAAGAUCGUUCCGUCUAUUAUCGUGAGUUUUCAUCUGGUGCCUAUCCUUCGUUCCUCUAUAUCAUUGCAGCAGUGAUUACCGACCUUCCGUUUAUUUGUUUGACUGCAUUUUGCUUUUGGAUUCCAUUCUUUUGGCUCACUGGAAUGGAUCCAGGACACAACGGAUGGAAGUUCUUCUUUACUCUUUUGGUAUACCUAUUGAUUGUCAUGGCCUACGAUAAUUUAGCAAUGGUAUUUGCUCUUGUUCUUCCAACCAUUCCGAUUGCAGUAUUACUCUCUGGUAUGGGACUCAAUUUCCUUGGUCUUUUUGGUGGAUUCUUUAUUCCACGUGUAAACAUUCCGAGUGGGUGGAUAUGGAUGCAUUGGCUAACGUUUACAAAGUAUGCAUUCGAAACUCUGGGUGUAACCGAGUUAAAGGACGCUACUUUUAAUUGUCCAGGUGGUAAAGGUGAAUACUUGAUCCCAGUUGGUAAUACUACAAAACCAUUCUGUCCGAUUACCAAUGGUAACACUAUGAUUGCUCGUUAUGGUCUCAAUGUCGAUAGACAAUUCUGGAAUGUUUUGGUACUUGUUUGUUUCAAUUUCGGAUUUAUCAUGCUUUCCUAUUUGGCAUUACGUUUCAUCCACCAUAUGAAGAGAUAA